UGACUAAACAACUGAGAAAACUAACCAGACGACAACAUAGUGGAGCGGUUGGCGGACCUGUCAUUUUCAAAAUAACAAUGGCGGAUUUCGGGGAAGCUGGAAUCGGCGAUUUUGUGCUUUUGGAGGAUAUUUGUAUGGAAGAAUUUAUGAAAAACUUAAAAUUACGGUACAAUGCAGGUCAUAUUUAUACAUAUAUUGGUGAAGUAUGUGUCUCUGUCAACCCUUACAGAACAAUGAAUAUUUAUGGUCAGGAUUAUAUUAAUAACUACCAAGGCCGAGAAAUUUUUGAAAGGCCACCUCAUAUAUUUGCUAUAGCUGAUGCUGCCUAUAAAUCUAUGAAGAGAAACUCCCUUGAUACUUGUGUCGUUAUAUCGGGUGAAAGUGGUGCUGGUAAAACUGAGGCAUCUAAGAUAAUUAUGAGAUAUUUAGCAGCAAUUACAAAUACUAGUGGUCAGAAAGAAAUGUUGAUUCAAUAAAUGAUAAAACAGAUCACAAAGCAGUAUGUGGAGCUAUGAAAGUUUUGGGAUUUCAUCAACAACAGUCUGAAACUCUUUGGCGAAUUUUAGCAGCAAUUUUGCAACUUGGAAACAUUGAAUUUUUAAGCAAAGAUGAAGUUACGUCUGUACAGGACAGAGAUUUGCUUUUAUCUGUUUCUCAGUGCCUUGGCGUAUCAGGCGAAAGCUUGGAGAAAGCUCUUUGUCAUAGGGUUAUUGCUGCUCGAGGAGAGGUUAUGGAAAAAGUUCACACUGUCCCUGAAGCUGUUUAUGGAAGAGACGCCUUUGCAAAAGCCAUCUAUGAAAGAUUGUUUUCGUUCAUUGUGAGUCGCAUUAAUGAGGCUAUUGAAGUUGAUAACAAUGGUCAUGGCUUGAAGAAAAAUAAUACAGUUAUGGGAGUUUUAGACAUCUAUGGAUUUGAAAUUUUUGAAAAUAAUAGUUUUGAGCAAUUUUGUAUUAAUUACUGCAAUGAGAAAUUGCAACAGCUGUUCAUAGAGCUUGUGCUUAAGCAAGAGCAAGAGGAAUACCGGAGAGAAGGAAUCACAUGGCAGAACGUAGACUAUUUCAACAAUUCAAUCAUUUGUGCCCUCAUGGAUGAGCAACACAAAGGAAUAUUUGCAAUAGCUGAUGAGGCUUGCCUCUCUGUGGGAAAAGUCACUGAUGAAAUGUUGCUUGAAGCAAUGGAUAUCAAACUUGCCUCUCACAAACAUUACAGUAGUAGAAAAAUUGUUCCAACCGAUAAGACCUUAGAGCAUGGUCGGGAUUUUAGAAUUCGACAUUAUGCUGGUGACGUGACUUAUUCCAUUGAAGGAUUCAUGGAGAAAAACACGGAUUCGUUGUUUCAAGAUUUUAAAAGGCUAUUAUAUACUAGUGCUGAUCCAAUGCUCUCACAGUUAUUUCCAGAUGGAGAUAAAGAUAUUACUCAAGUUACCAAGCGGCCUUUAACUGCUGGAACAUUGUUUAAAAAUUCUAUGAUUGCUCUAGUAAAAAAUUUAGGUAACAAGGAGCCCUACUAUGUCCGUUGUAUCAAACCCAAUGAUCAGAAAUCUCCGUCCUGCUUUGAUGAUGAGAUGGUGAUGCAUCAAGUGUCCUACUUGGGUCUACUGGAGAAUGUCCGAGUAAGGAGAGCUGGAUUUGCAUAUCGGCAAACAUAUAACCGCUUCUUACGAAGAUAUAAAAUGAUCUCGAAAUAUACUUGGCCCAAUUUUCGAGGAGGAUCAGAGAAAGAAGGUUGCCGGGUGCUUAUUGAUGAACAAGGAUUUUCAGAUGACGUUCGAUAUGGAAAAACUAAAAUUUUCAUCCAGUCACCACAAACCAUCUCUCAGUUGGAAUAUUCCAGAUUAGAGUUGAUUCCUGGAAUUGUAGUUUUUCUACAGAAGUUAUGGAGAGGGGCAAUAGCUAGAUUGAGAUACAGAAAAAUGUUAGCAAUGCUAGCCAUUAUUAAGUUUUACCGCUAUCAGAAACUGCGGCAGUAUAUCAAUCAACUAUGUUUACUUUUCAGGAAUGCUAAAUCAUCAAGAGACUAUGGGAAAAAAGUUGUAUGGCCUCCCGCACCCACUGCUCAUAGAAAUAUUGCAUCCGAUCUUCAAACAGUACAUGAAAGAUGGCGUGCCUAUAUGAUUCUAAGGAAGAUACCUCGUGAACAAUGGCCUGAAAUGCAUUUAAAAGUAAUGGCUGCGGAAGUGUUGAAAAGCCGACGUCAAGAUUGGGGUUAUCAUAGGAAGUGGGAAGGAAAUUAUUUAGCAUCUAUUUCUGAAAACGACAAUACCACUUCGUUUGUGCAAUCCAUUGGGAAUUUGAGAAACAAAGAUCAUUUUCAAAAAGUUCUAUUUUCCAGUUAUAUCAAGAAAGUGAACAAGCACAACAAAUGUGCAGAAAGAGCUAUAGUUGUGACGGAUAAGUUUAUAUACAAACUUGAUAGCAAAAAGUUCAAACCCUUACGAUCUGCAAUACCUAUUACUGAUUUAACUGGCGUCAGUGUAACGCCUGGACCUGAUCAGAUGAUUAUUUUACAUUUACGUGGCAAUAAUGAUCUUGUAACAGCACUGACUUCUAAAAAUGAAGAUGAAAGAGUGGGAGAAUUAGUUGGAAUUAUUGUUCAUAGAUGGCACUUUUUACAAGGUAAAGACUUAAGAGUGAUUGUAAAUCCACAGCUGCAAUGCAUGUUGGGUAAUAAAAGCAGAACUUUAGCUGUUGAGUCCACAAAUAUAACUCCACAUCCUGCCUUUAAGAAAGAUGGCCAAAAUCUUGUCUUGUUAUGGCCUAUUUGCAGUGCCUGAUCUUUAUGAGACACUUCUCUAGUUGUUGAAGAAAUUUGUUGGUAUUUAUGAAAAAAUCCUAUAUGUUUAUUUUGUGUUGCCAGCUUGGGGAUAGUAUCUAUUCCUAAAAACUGCAAAAUAUUAGUUUUAUUUUACGUUAAUGACGUCAUUCAAAAAUGAUAGUUUUGUUUAACCAGACAAUCGUUGUGUGGUCUCAGCAUUUAAAUGCAAUUUCAAAUCUUAUACUUUUUAAAAGUGGAUCCAUACCAAAUAUAUUGUGAUAUGAGAUUUAGUUUUUACAUGAUCCUUUUAUUUUACAGAGUGUUUUAAAAGUACACGGUAGGCUAUUUAAACAAAGAGAUAAUUAAGGAUAAAAAGUAUUACUUACAUGAUUUUUAAUCUGAUUGAAUUAUACAAAAAGCUUUUGACAUUUUUAAUAAUCAUGACUAAUGGUUGUGAACUUAUUUAUUUGAUAAAGAAAUGAUGUACUAGAUAUUUUUUAUUGAUAUUACAAUUACCCUAGAAGUAAUCCUCGAACAAAAACAUGAAAAAAGCGAUAAAAGUACACGGUAGGCUAUUUAAACAAAGAGCUAAUUAAGGAUAAAAAGUAUUACUUACAUGAGUUUUAAUCUGAUUGAAUUAUACAAAAAGCUUUUGACAUUUUUAAUUAUCAUAACUUGUGAACUUAUUAAUUUGAACUUGGUUGUGAACUUAUUAAUUUGAUAAAGAAAUGAUGUACUAGAUAUUUGUUAUUGAUAUUACAAUUACCCUAGAAGUAAUCCUCGAACAAAA